UGGAGCCGUUCCGAUUGGCUGGCUCCGGGGGGUGGGUGUGGUGACGUCGCCGGGGUCGUUGGCUGACUCCUCCUGCCUUUAGGCUGCUGCGUCACUCGGGCCGAGGUGCGGCCCGAGGAUAGAAGGAAGGAGGACGCUCCCCUGCCCGGACCCCCCCGGGAGAGGAGAAGAGGCAGACACCGCGCCACAGCCAGGGCAAGAAGAAGAGGAGGAGCCGGGGGUGGAAUCUGAGGGGAUCCCGGGACAAUGUGUGAUGGAGGGACGGGAGCCCCCGACCCGACCAAACCGUACGACGCCCGCUAGUCCAAGGGUGACGCCUGCUCUGGUGAAAAGGCCACGGUUCCAGACUUUGGCUCGUUUCUGGGAAGGUCAGGAUGUCCUGGCACGCUGGACAGAUGGACUUCUCUAUCUGGGAAUAAUCAAGAAGGUGGACAGUGCACAGGAGACGUGUCUUGUUCGCUUUGAAGAUAACUCUCAGUUCUCAGUCCUGUGGAAGGACAUAUUCCCCCCUGCCGUGCCUGGAAAGGAGCAGUUGUGCUGUGUGUGCAACUCUCAGGCGUGUACCCCAGACAACAAACUUGUACACUGUGGGAAAUGUAAACACGCAUACCACCAGGAAUGCCACGUUCCCAAUGUCCCAUGCGACACAGACUGUCCUGGCAGUUCGUGGAUGUGCAGACAGUGUGUCUUUGCUGUGGCCACCAAGAGAGGUGGCGCUCUAAAGAAAGGUCCUUAUGCACGAUCCAUGCUGCAUAUGAAGCUGUCUCUGCCCUAUCAGCUGAAAUCUUUAGAGUGGGACCCACUGCAUCUAACCAAUAAACAGCAGUGUUACUGCUACUGUGGGGGGCCUGGAGAAUGGAACAUGAAGAUGCUACAAUGCUGUCGCUGUUUACAGUGGUUUCAUGAGGCUUGCACCCAGUGUCUGAGCAAACCUCUACUCUACGGAGACAGGUUUUAUAUUUUUGAGUGCUCUGUCUGUACCAGAGGUCCAGAGAACGCCUGGAGACUUCCCCUGGGAUGGGUAGACGUUUCACACCUUGUCCUGUAUCAUCUAAGUAUUUGUUGUAAGAAGAAAUAUUUUGACUUUGAGCGGGAAAUUUUGUCGUUUGUAAACGAGAACUGGGAUAGUUUACUAGUAGGAGAGCUUACAGAUACUCCACGGUCCGAGCGAUACUCGCAUCUGCUGCACGCCCUCACUGGGCAGAAGGACAGGUUCAUCUCUGGGAAAGAGAUUAAGAAGAAAAAGUGCUUGUUUGGGCUUCAGAGCCGCGUCCCACCUCCAGCCCCUCAGACAACAGAACUGAGACUAGGAGAGACAGACGUAAGAAGCCCUGCCCCCUGCGUAAGUUCCCUUUCAGGGAGAAUGGGGGCCCUGAAACGCCCCCCAGACCGAAAGAGGACGCAGAGCAUAGAGCAGCGAACACAGAGAGAGAGGCGGAGUCUGCGCCAAGCACUUACCCAGGAUGUGAUACAGAAUCCGUUAAGCCCCCACCAGGAGUAUCUGGGAUACCGUGGUAGCACUUACAACUUCCGACGCAUAGGAACACGCUGCCUGCAGAGUCCUCCCAUUAGGAUGUUUGCCUCCUUCCAUCCCUCUGCAAACACAUCAGGGUCUGUAGCUGCUUCUCUGCAGUCUGGUGAGAUCUCGACGGAAGCCCCAGAAGCCCCUGUGCUCUCCGAGAUGUUCGAAACGGCCCCAGGUCCGUCCCCCACUACUCUUGGACGAACCCGGAUCGCCCCUCCCCCCUCUUCUUCCACUUCAGAGGGCUGCUUAUGGCCGGGAUCUGCAGAGGAGGACACGCGCAUACUGGCUCGAAGGGUUACAACGCAGGGGGCAGUUCAGUACCUGGUGGAGUGGGGCGGAGGAGACAUCUUCUGAGAGCUGUAAAGCAUACUGAAGAGGGACUUAUACUUGCAUCAUGCAUCCUUCCUCUGUCACGUGUGCUUCCCGCGAGGAUUCAGUGAUUGCUCUGCUUCCUGUACAUAGCUAUACAUGGUUUAUCCUAAACUCUAUACACGCGUGUACAUAACCAUGCUCGUGCUUCUUGUUCUGUCACGUGUUAUUUACAGUGUCCGCUCCCGGAGACUGCAUUAUAAUAGGACAGUCUUAUUAGCUGAGCGAAAUCUGAUUUUGAUUUUUUUUUUUUUUUUUGGUCUAUUGUAUAAUUUUAAGAUCCAGGAUGUGUUGUGGGAUUGUGUUUUAUGGACUUGGCCUGAUGCUGCCGGCUCCUAGAGUUCUAGAUGUUCUGAUUUAAGGUGUCUCUGUAGAGCAAUCGUGCCAUAAACAUGGAGUCGGUUCUACUGGUUUUAAUAGCUCUGGUUGGACAUGCCUGUAAGACAGUCUUGAUAUACCAGUGAGAUCAGGUUCUUUACUCUUUAAUAUUUCUUAAAUGAUGGCCUGGAAUGAAUGAAGGAGGGUACAGACAAAACGUUUUACUGGGAACUUAUUUUAUGGUGAAAGAGAAACUCAUGACAAAAAUUAAGGGAAGUAAAUAAUUUACCUAAAAAUGGCAGUUUGUAUUAUUCAGAUUUCAAACCCAGAAUAGCGUAUAGUACUAUACCAUAGGAACUACUCCUGGAACAGGGGAAGGCUGCACAUCAGAGCGUAGAGAGGAAACAGCCUAAAGUUAACGUUUCCACUUCCAUGACUGAUCGUGGCUAAUUUCUUUAUAUAAAGUUUUUUUUUUUUUUCUUCUUCAAUAAACGGUAACUUUAAAACAAAAUUACAUAUAGUCUUAAAUUAGAGGGGCAAAGGGUUAAAAAUAAUAUCAGGAAGUAUUACUUUACUGAGAGGGUAGUGGAUGCAUGGAAUAGCCUUCCAGCUGAAGUGUUAGAGGUUAACACAGUAAAGGAGUUUAAGCAUGCGUGGGAAAGGCAUAAGGCUAUCCUAACUAUAAGAUAAGGCCAGGGAUUAAUAAAAGUAUUUAGAAAAUUGGGCAGACUACAUGGGCCGAAUGGUUCUUAUCUGCCGUCACAUUCUAUGUUUCUAAUUUAGGCAAACAUUUCUUACUUGACAAAAGGCUCCAAUUCGGCUCUAGUUACGGAGUAUUUGAGCCUACGUAUUUGAUUUACAGUACACAAUUUGAGGUUUAGCAAAUAAAUAUUUGUAUAAAGAUACAAGUCAUGAACUCUGAAAUUGUCCAGAACUGACACGGGAAGUGAAAACAUUACACUAACAUAGCUGCGCUGGAAGAGAACUUUUCCAAUUCAGCUAUUUUGGUCUGAAAACCUUUCCAAUUCAGCUAUUUUGGUCAGAAAAUUGUGGUACCCUUGAAAUUCUCCCCUGUAAUUUGUCGCCUGCAUAUUUUAUUAUGUAGAAAAUGAUACAUCUGCCUCAUAGUAAAUGCUUUUAUUGUAACCAGUGAAUCAUGGAAAAGAAUCAAAUCUUUAUUUAGGAACCCAAUAUUUUGUCCACUUGUGUAUUUUGUCAGGAUAAAGAAUGUAGUGUUAGAUAUAAAGAGUAAUAAAGUAUAUGUAGUAAUGGUUUGAUUAAAGUGCCAGCAUAUUCUGCGGUGUUGUGCAAUGGUUACAUGGAUUUGACAAGUAUAGGAGUACAAGAAAGCUUAGGAGUAUAUGAAAAAUAAUCAAUGAAGGCCUCUCGUGAAAAUGAACUUUAUUAAAAUGUGAACUGUUAGGAAUUCUAACUUCUCCAAGUCAGCUAUGCUUUUAGUUCAGAUGAUUUGUCCUUAAACUGGAAAUUCGCUUCAACGGUUUACUACAACCAAAAAACAGUCUGGCCGUAUUUAAUAAAAUACGGUUUUGGUUAAAGUAACCCUUUCUAUCCCGGUGCACCAACUUUAAAAUAAAAACUUCCGUUCCAGUACCACCACCCACUCAUUGUCGGCUAACAGAGACAUUGGACAUGGGCGGCGUGCAAGGGGGUGGGGCAAGGGGGGCAUGCUGCCAUUGGGUAGCUGAUGCCAGUAUGAUAAGCGUGUUGCCCUGUGACGCUGCUGGAGACUGAGUUACACCUCCGGCAGCAAAGGAGUUAAACUCUGUAUGUGCAACGUUUGAUAGCAAAACGCUGCACAUACACUCAGACUCACGGCACCAUGACCACUUUAUAUCACUGAUGUUGCUAUGGUGCGUGGAGUAACUGUUUAAUAAAGAUUCAUUAGUGAAGUCUAAGGGAAUUUCAAUACGUAGGCCAAAACUAUCUGUAUUCUAUAUUUUCUAUAAUGGAUAGAUAAUUGGAGAGUAAAAAGGUGUUAAACUAUUAACGCAGGUAGUGGGCGGACACAGUGUUAGCAGAAUAUCUAAAAUGAAGUGUUUUUAGGGAAGUUAUUUUAAGGACUGGAAGCUAGUGCAGAUUGUUCUAUACAAGGUUAUUUAAUAAAGUUACAAAUGCUGAAUUCAAAGUGAAUUUAAAUUUAAGACCAAAAUAGCUGAACUGGAUAAAUUCUCCAAAAUAGAUGUGGUUCAAGUUCAACUAUUUUAGCCUAAAAUGUUAAAUUCACAGCAAUUCUCACUUUACUAAAUAACGUAAACCGUGUAGAAUGAAAUGAGAAUGAAGCCGCUCUAGAGAAGAGACGUAAUGAGAGUUGUAUGUUGGGGUGGGAGGAAAGGCAAAGGCUGUUGGCAGGACAGAGGGACCAGAUAGAAUAUGUUGGCACUUUAUAUAAAACGAGGUUAUUCGCGGAAGUGCGAUUUGUCGGGAAUUCUAAGUGAAUCACAAAUUUAAAGCCAAAGUGCGUGAUCUGGAAGUAUAGCCAAUAAAGAGAAUUUUCUUAGUUCAGCUUUUUAAGAAAACACUAUAGUGUUAGGAAUAAAACGUGUAUUCCUCGCGCUAUAAUAUUCUGUAGGUGUCUGGGCUCCCUCCGAGUGAAUGAAAAAGGUACGUUUUCUUAUCUUUUCUUCAUUGAUGUUUCUGGUUUCUCUGCGAUCACCCCUCCUUGGUUCAAGUUGAGUUCAUCAAUCUUAAUGACAUUAUCCAAUCCAAUGCUUUUAGGAGAACAGCAUUUGAUUGACAACAGAGUUUGAUUUGGUUAUCAAACAGGAACUGCCCCAAUGUUUUACAUUGCAGGGUUAAAACGCCAGGGCCGCUGCUUACAGACCACUUAAUUGAGGUGAAGUGAUCUAGAUUACUUUAACAGUCCUUUUAAAGUUGAAAUUCGCUUUGAAUUCCUGACCAUUCUCAAUUUAUUGAAUAACCCUGUAAGAAUACUAUUGUUGUUACUUUGCUUUGAUUUAGGGGUUAAGGUGUGUACCAUUUAGUGCUGGCGUUUCAUCUUUCUUUCUGGUGUGUAGUCUGACUCUGAAUCCUCACGUCUGCUAUAUCCAGGGACCAAAAAUGAUUGGCUUAUGUCAUGUGGGCAUUUCCGAAAGGCUUAUCAAUAAAGGACUUUUGUAACUCUUAUGGGAA